AUGGAUUUUCUUCAUAAAGGGUGGUUUUCUGAAUUUUCACCUGAUGAUUUAGAAAAAAUGAAAAAUGGAAUUUGUGAUGACUCAAAAUUAAUUACAUCUGAUGGCCAAAAAAUGGGUGGUGCAUGGCCAGGACAAUGUUUUUCACUAAAAGUGGAUACAGUUUUAUUUCAUGAAAAAUCAUUAUAUCAAGAUGUUUUGGUUUUUAAAAGUGAAACAUAUGGAAAUGUUCUUGUUUUAGAUGGAAUAAUUCAAUGUACUGAAAGAGAUGAAUUUUCAUAUCAAGAAAUGUUAUGUCAUCUUCCAAUGUUUGCUCAUCCAAAUCCUGAAAAGGUACUUAUAAUAGGUGGAGGAGAUGGUGGAAUUCUUAGAGAAGUUUUAAAACAUGAUUGUGUUAAAGAAGUAACAAUGUGUGAAAUUGACCAAAUGGUUAUUGAUGUUUCAAAAAAAUAUCUUCCUCAUAUGAGUUGUCAAUUUGAUAAUCCAAAAUUAAAAUUAUUUGUUGGUGAUGGAUUUGAAUUUUUAGCUGGUCACAAAAAUGAAUUUGAUGUUAUUAUAACUGAUUCUUCUGAUCCAAUUGGACCUGCAGAAUCACUUUUUGGACAAGGAUAUUAUUCACUUCUUAAUGAUGCACUUAGAGAUGGUGGUGUAUUAAGUUCACAAGGUGAGUGUCCAUGGUUAGAUUUGAUAUUGGUUACUGAUCUAACCGUCAUUUGCAAAAGACUUUUUAAUCAGGUACGAUACGCAAUUGGCUCUGUCCCAACAUACACCUCAGGUGAAUGUUUUUGGUUGCACUUGGAUCUUAUAAAACACUUGUUGAAAUUUAAUAAAACUAUUUACCCAUCCGUAGCUUAUGCUUCACAUUCUGUAAGCACAUAUCCAUCGGGAAAUAUGGGGUAUUUGCUUUGUUGUAAAUCUGAUCGUGAUUUGUCAAUACCAGCACGUAUAAUUACAGAUGAAGAAUGUGAUAAAAUGGGACUUAAGUUUUACAACUCGGAGAUACACAAAGCCUCAUUUGUUCUACCACAAUUUGUUAAAAAGGCUUUGAAAGGAAUUUAA